AUGUCUGACCUCAAAUCGCUCAUCGCAGAGCUUCACAAAAGCCUCGACCAGAAGAAGCUCGAUAAAGCCACCGAAAUCCUCUCCCGCGCAAAGCGAGCCCUUCUCCAACACAAUGUCCUCUUCCCCUCCGCAUCAACCCCCGCACAAGUCCGCUCACAGGCCCGCGAGAUCCUAGAGCUAGGCGCCAUAACCUCACUCCGACAGAUGGAUUCCCCAUCAUUCAUUCGAUACUAUCAACAACUCCAACCAUUCUACGAUUUUGAGCGCGAUACCUCUUCAAAAUCAGCAUCAAAAGAAGCUUCGAAAACGAGCCAACGAAGCAAAAUAACGGGAUUGUAUCUGUUACUGCUGUUGAGCUCAGGCGAUACAUCGCAGUUUCACACGGUGCUUGAGGGGUUGAUUGUGGAGGCGUCGUUGGAAGGACGCAGUGUAGAGGAUGACCCAUUCAUUAAAUAUCCCGUUGAGUUGGAGAGGAGUUUGAUGGAGGGCAGCUAUGACAAGGUGUGGCGAGCUACUAAGUCCUCGGAGGUGCCUACGGAGGAUUUUGGGUUGUUUUCAAACGUCCUCGUCGGAACAAUCCGAAGAGAAAUCGCCGACUGCUCAGAAACAGCUUACCAAUCCCUCCCCAUCUCCAACGCAAAGGACCUCCUCUUCCUCGAAUCCGAAGGCGCAGUUGUUGCAUUCGCACAGGAGUGUGGCUGGACUCUGAAAGAUGGACGCAUAUAUUUCCCUGCCCAGGCGGAUGUUGUCGCCCCCGUUCCUGAGACGCCUGGUGCUGUUGAGCCUGUGCAGGAAGGACAUCGGCCGGAGAAGGGUAUUGCGUUGGUAAGUAUGUCUGUUAUAGAAAACACUAUUGGAUACGCGAGGGAACUGGAGACUAUCGUUUAG